AUGGAUCUCCGGCUGCUCUUUGCGGUUGCUCUUAAACUAUUGGGAUACAGCUUCUGCCGUGGCAGCUUUGGAAUCACGGAAGCUAAUGAACAAGUUGAAACGUUGCUAAAAGAGCUGGAUGGCAAGAGGGUUGGAAACUACAUUGUUCACAAGAGGAGAAAUCGUUAUGUUGAGUACAAAGCUGAUGCUGUUGGGGUUCCUGGAUGCAAUAUAUAUAGCGAUUUGAUAUACAUGUACCAGUAUGUGUUUGUGACAUACCCAUCAGAUUAUGUAAAGUUAGACACCCAAGCAGUGUUAGACACUAUGCAAUAUGUGAAGGACUAUACUAGAAUCGACGAAGAAAGCACGUUUUUCUGCCAACCGUUGCGAAAGCUGAAAACCAUGAAUGAAGAUCAUGAUGAUCAUUACUUGGAGCAUGGUGGGAUAUUGGUGGUAGUGCCACCUGGUGCCACCAUUGGAAAUCUAAAGCAAGAAGCAUGUAGAGCCAUUAAGGAGACUUACUGUUUGUGUGCUGCAGAACAUUUUGUGGUGGAGGAAAUUGUAGCCUACAAUGAAGUAGAAGACACGGCAGUGAUUCCUGAAGAAUUAGUUAUUAGAUCGAGAGGAGAACGAGUUGGUUUGGUAUUGACUAUAGAACCUUCGGGCAUAUGCUUGACCACGUACCAAGGUGGGAGUCACGCUAUGGAGGUUGUAGAUAGUACAAAGUGUGGGGCAAAGGAGGAUGACGGUGAGGUGAUGGAGUUAUAUAUGUCCAGGUUGCUGGACAUUGAAGAAUCAAAGAUGUGAUCACUGCAUCUCAACAAUCAGCCAUGGUGCCGUUCUAGGCUUUCCUUGGCAGCAGCGUAAGUAAAUUUUAGAGAGGGACACAUUGGAGACCAAUCUUUUUGAUCCCAGAGCCAGUAUUGUUCUUUGUCUAGUAGUACUUGAUAAUUGUUCAGUUAUAUUUUUAUUUUUGGCUUAAGAUAUUUUUCAUUUUUUUUUUGUU